AUGGCGGGAACUUUAAAUUUAAAUGAUUUAAAAGAUGAACCAAUUUUAUAUUAUGAAAAUGCAUUAAGUUACGUUUUUUCUAAUUCAAGUGAAGAUAAUAAAAAAGAAAUUCCUACAUGCAUAAUUUAUCCAAAUAAAACAUUAAAAAUUGGAUUUCCAAUAUAUUCAAUAAAAAAUAUAAAUAAAAAUGAAAAUUUAAUGAAUGAAAAUGAUAUUCAAAGUAAUAGAUUUAAUGAAGAACCAUUAGUUACAUAUGCUUCUGAAUCAAAAGAUAUAUACCCUAUGAGAGUAAAAGUUUACUAUACCAUUCUCUACAUUUUAAUUAUUCUUCAAGUUUUUAUCAUACUAUUUUUUAAAGAUAACAUAAAUUUCAUUACAACUGGUGAAAUAAAUUUAGGGCAAAGUUAUGUAUUCAUUUUUAUGCCUUUAUCUCACACAUUGGCUGUUAUGUCAAAAUUACUUAAAUUAAAAAAUUACUUAUUUGAUAUAUAUACAUCAUUAAGCUUAUUUUUUUUUAUAUUAUCUAUAUUAACUAUUAAUUGUUUUAGUAGUUUUUUGAUUUCUAUAAUACAAUUUUUUAUUUUUUAUUUACAUUCAAAAAUUAAUUUUUAUGUUAUGCCUCAUUCAUGUGUUGUUCCUCCAUAA